GAGAUAUUUGCGAUUGGUGGAAGCCGUCCCAGGCCAGCGCUGAUCCGUCUGCCGUGGGUUCCAUUCAACUUCUAAGCGGUCUCCUGGUUAGAAUACUCAGAGCCAGAUAGGAGAAAUGAGACAUAAUCAGAGCGGCUGCCAGACAACCAGCACAGUUACAGCUCAUGUGAAAUCUGCAUCCAGAUCACACAAGCAAAAGAAAGUAAUUGUGAAGCGCUCACUUCUCAAAGAAAAUCAAGACACUUAUGAAAGAAGCUUGCAUAACAACGAUGCACCUAAACGGCUGAAAGGAACAUGCCUGAUCAUCCAGCGUCAAGAGAUGACGGCCUUCUUUAAUUUGUAUGAUGAUGAUUUGAUUCAGGAUUUCUUGUGGAUGGAUUGUUGUUGUAAAAUAGCAGAUAAGUAUCUUUUAGCGAUGACCUUCGUUUAUUUCAAGAGAGCAGGAUUCAGUAUGCAUGAGUACACCAGAGCUAAUUUCUUUGUUGCUUUAUAUUUAGCAAAUACAGUGGAGGAGGAUUAUGAAGAGGACAAGUAUGAAAUCUUCCCGUGGGCUUUAGGAAGGAACUGGAGGAAACUUUUCCCAACUUUUCUGAAAUCAAGGGACCAGUUAUGGUCUAGAAUAGACUAUAGGGCAGCUGUGAGCAGACGCUGCUGUGAAGAGGUCAUGGCAAUUGCACCUGCGCACUACAUCUGGCGGCGUGAGCGUUCUGAACACCACAGCGGUGCAAUGAGAAAUUACAGUAAGGAUGAAUCCGGUCUACCCCGUGGCCCUUCUGCCACACCUAUAGACUGUGCCCUGUGUGGUAAGAAAGGACGGUUUGUAGGUCUUGGUUUAUCCAGUUCUUCAUCGUCUUCAUCUGAGUCCACAUCACACAUCAGAGAGCAGAAAGCACCACACGACACUCCGGAUUCACCAGAGGACAAGAUGCUGAUCGAUUCUCCACAGUCCCGCCACAACUUCCAAGAUAACCAAGAGAACAGAGAGACGAGACGGUGUGUCCGGCGCCAAGACAAGUCCAUGGAGUGGUUUACAAGCAAUGAGGAAUAGGAAUAGGAAAUGCAAUGUGUGGCCGUAAACGGCACAUACAGUAUAUCUCUAUAUCUAUCAGACAGAAGAAAAUGUUAGUCCAAUGAGUUGGUAGUUGUAAAUAAACAAUUUUUUUUUUAAAUAUAUUUAGGUCACUGUACUCAACAUUGUAAAAGCUGAAGGAUGUACAAAUCAUUUAUGGAGUCCUGGGCAUCAGCUUUGGGCCUCUGCUUCUGUAGGUUUUGGUGCUGGUUUGAAUUUUCUUAGCUGCACAAGAAAAGCUAAAAAAUAAAUAAAAAUAAACCCUUUAUGAUGAAUUUCAAUCGUCCAAAUCAAAAUGUUAGUAAUAUGAAAAUAUAAACUUUUGUUCCAUAUAUGGAUAGUGGACACUUUUUUGCUUUCCUGUUCUCAAUCACGAUGUGAUACAUCUUACUGUAUAUGAUUGUACAUAUGUCUCCUGUGUUCCUGCUUUUACCUCUAUAAAUGCUAAUCGAUCAUA